AUGGAGUCAAAGGUCUCCGAAGGCGGCCUGAACGUCACCCUCACCAUCCGGCUGCUGAUGCAUGGCAAGGAAGUCGGAAGCAUCAUUGGAAAGAAAGGAGAGACCGUGAAAAAGAUGCGUGAGGAGAGUGGGGCAAGGAUCAACAUCUCGGAGGGGAACUGCCCCGAGCGAAUCGUGACCAUCACAGGCCCCACCGAUGCCAUCUUCAAGGCUUUCGCCAUGAUUGCCUACAAAUUUGAGGAGGACAUAACCAACUCAAUGAGCAACAGCACUGCUACCAGCAAACCUCCAGUGACACUGAGACUGGUCGUGCCGGCUAGUCAGUGUGGCUCGCUGAUCGGCAAAGGAGGCUCCAAGAUCAAGGAAAUCAGGGAGUCAACAGGUGCUCAGGUUCAAGUGGCGGGGGACAUGCUGCCCAACUCCACGGAGCGGGCGGUGACAAUCUCGGGGACACCCGACGCAAUUAUCCAGUGUGUCAAACAGAUCUGUGUGGUGAUGCUGGAGUCCCCACCAAAAGGUGCCACCAUUCCCUACCGCCCAAAGCCCGCCUCCACCCCUGUCAUUUUUGCAGGUGGUCAGGUAAGAGCCGACCCGCUUGCAGCCUCCACUGCCAACCUCAGCCUUUUACUGCAGCACCAGCCGCUGCCCGCCUAUACAAUUCAGGGACAAUACGCUAUUCCACACCCGGAUCAGUUGACCAAGCUCCACCAGUUGGCUAUGCAGCAAACCCCCUUUACUCCCCUUGGACAGACCACCCCCGCUUUCCCUGGAGAAAAGCUGCCCUUACAUUCCUCCGAAGAAGCUCAAAAUCUGAUGGGCCAAUCAUCAGGUUUGGAUGCCAGUCCCCCGGCCAGUACUCAUGAACUCACCAUUCCCAAUGAUCUAAUAGGCUGCAUAAUCGGACGCCAAGGGACCAAAAUCAAUGAAAUUCGGCAGAUGUCAGGAGCGCAGAUCAAAAUCGCCAAUGCCACGGAAGGGUCAUCGGAGCGCCAAAUUACCAUCACAGGAACCCCUGCAAACAUCAGCCUCGCGCAGUACCUCAUCAACGCCAGGCUGACGUCUGAGGUCACUGGAAUGGGCGCACUCUAA